UCAGACUUAAAAAGACAUGAAAAUAUGGUCGCUCAUGAAGUUAAAGUGGCAUCUGUAACGUUCCUGUUGAGAAUGCCUCAUAUCUUAUAUGCAUAUGUACAAGUUGGCGACAACUGCUCAAGCUUCCCUUCAGUAAUCAGUUUCAGUAGAGUAGUUACUGAUCACGUCCUCGAAGGGCGCAUCAUAUCGAGUGUCCUCGUGACAAGUGAUCAAGAAUGUCAAAUGAAAUGCAUCUUAAGCAAAAUGUGUGACAGCUUCAAUCUUGGGCUCCAAACCGCCUCCAAGCUUUACCCCUGUGAACUACUGGAUCUCCGAUCGAGCAAAAAGAGGAAAAGGAGAGAAGAGUGGAAAUUCCGGGCAGGAUGGUGUCAGACCUCUCCGUGUCUAAAUGGUGGUACAUGUUACGUCGUAAACGGUCAGCCAUACUGCGUCUGCGCACAGUUUUGGGAAGGUGCUAUUUGCAACGUGCCUUUGUAUAAAACAUCCUGCAGUGAAUGGAAAACUUUAAACUCUUCAUCUGCGAGCGGCCUGUAUAUUAUCGCUCCUCGAUAUCAAAGUGGGGUGGCACCUUUUUUGGUGUACUGUGACAUGACUGACAAAGAUGGAGUUGGCGUGACAAUUAUUGGUCACGAUAGCGAGAAGAGAACCAAUGUAAAAGGUUGUGAUCCCCAUGGAUGCUAUUCACACGAUGUGCACUAUCUAAAUGCUGGUCUGCUGCAGUUGGCAAGCCUCGCUGCCGUAUCAAGCCACUGUGAACAAUUUAUCAAAUAUGAAUGUGAUGGCUCCAGCUUGCUUUUUCGGGGCUGGUGGGUGUCACGCAAUGGUACAAAGAUGGACUACUGGGGUGGGGCAACUCCAGGAAGUGGUAAAUGUGCAUGUGGAAUGAGCAAGAGUUGUUACGAUUCCUCAAAGCCGUGCAACUGUAACGCGAAUAUAGAAGGUAUAACACUAGAAGACAGUGGUUUAUUAACAGACAAGUCGGCUCUUCCUGUGAGUCAGUUGAGAUUCGGUGACGCAGGCGGUGCUACUGAACAGGGAUGGCACACUCUCGGAAAGCUCUACUGUUACGGAAUCUCUUAGUAAAUCAACAAAGGAAAACAUAUCUUUCAACUUUCAUAGUUUUUAAACAAACUUGAGGCUAUUCAAGAUGUAAGAAAACAUUAGGGAAGUAUCUGAGGAGGCAUGCAGCUUUCAGUCUUUUUCAGUGAGCAACGCGCUCACACGAUUGCUAAUUUCUUUGAGUGACAUUUGCUAUGGAUCGUUGCAGUGUCAGCCACCAUCAAAACUUACCAAUCAGCGCGUAUGACAGAAAGACUUCAGCUGAAGGAGUAUUACAACAGUUGGUUCUUACCACUAUUUCCAUCCUCCCUUUUUCUCGCAUCGUUUCGCGGCACCAUGGCACUACUAGCGUGCAUAUGUUUUUCUUUCUGUUCCUCCAUAACAAGCGAAAUCGCUCUUUCAUAAUGUAUAGCGUUAUCAAUGUUUUUCGGUCUGUUGUUUCUAAAGAUCUUUGAAUUGUGAUAAAAGCAAAUAACCUGGCCUUGAAGCCUUAUUAACAAGCAUACUACAAUCAGAAAAACAAACAAACAUAUAUUUUAAUGCAUCCUGUCUUACCAUCAAAUGCU